UGAGAGGGGGAACCUCACAAAGAAGACAACGUGCUCGCUUAUAAACAACCAGCUUUUGGUACCAUUACUUUACUGCACCCCCCAAUGUUUGCAGAUUGAGACAUCGACUUGAGGCAGCCAAAACUUUUUGAUGUACAUUUUCAUGAAGACUGUCAGAAACAGCGCAGAGCCAGAAUCUCAGUGUCAGGUCACGGAGUUUUGAAGCAACCUCGGUCAGUUUGAUGGAGAUCAUUGGCCUGUGUAGUGAAGAUCACCACAACAUUCUCACCUCAGUGAGCAGAGGUAUGCUUGGACCAGGAGAUGUUCCUUGAGAACUGCUGCGAGCUGCUGUGUCUGUGUUGUUGCUUUGAGUGUCCGUCAAACGUGGCCGCUUUGCAGGCCGCUGGUCCACUUUCUCAAUAGCUGGCUUUGACAUCUCAUCAUUUUUAUCCGCAAUGCCCGUAGCUUCUGUGUCCAUGCUUCUCAUCACGUCUGCUGGACCACUUCCCCAGCAUUGGGCUGGCGUGUAUGCCCCACCGCCUGGGGCUGGAGCUGGGCUUUGGCAACCAAUUGUUGCCCUCGGAUCAAGAGCAGUAGCGGAAGCGGAGAGCUUAGAAUGCCAUUGUGGAUCGAUGUUGUGAAGCGCAGUUUUGGAAACACCCUAGACAACCAAUCUGCCUACACAACAGUUCUGCGACCCAUGGUUCGGUAAAGUGGGAAGUAGCAGUCAUCUGCUGUCCACUCCAGCGAUUCUCAGCUGAGUAGUCAUGUCGACUCCUCCCUCAACUUCAUCGCUCCCUCAUGAUGUGCCCUGGCUAUCGCAUGUGCUGAUGGGGACCCUGCCCUUGGCCCUGACCGCUACGUUCUUCUCCCACGAGAAGAUCUUAUUUGCUGGUCACGUCCUCGCAAUGUCUGCGGGCGGCAUCUUUCUGAUGUCUGAAGGCAUCAUCGCAGCAAGGAAUGCGAAGGGAAAGCAGAGGGGGCUCCUACUCAGACUGCAUUUAUACAUCCAAGCAGCUUCAUUGGCGCUGGCGGCCCUGGGCUUCAUCUUCAUAUACUCCAGCAGAUCUAUGGCAUCCAAACAGCACUUUACCACUCUUCACACUUGGGUUGGCUUGUCUGCUCUGGUUGGCUUUUUGGUGAUAGCUGCCGGGGGAGUACUUUUGUACUACGGACUCCCCAAAAGAUACAAAAAGUUCACAGGACAACUCAGCAGGAUCCACAAGCUUGCUGGUAAAGUCAUCUUCUAUGUCGGAUUGGCAGCAGCUUUCUUGGCUUUGAGGGUGAACGACCCGGAGCACCAUCGCCAUAAGGGUCUGUGGACAUACAUCCUGGCAGUUUGGCUGGUCUUUGUUGGCUUCGUAGUGCAUGACGCGGCUCCGAUCGAGGUGGACCUGAGCUGGUGUCAUCAGCUAGUCAGCGAGCUCCGGAAUCCCUGGCUUCAGGCUGCGCUGCGCAGAGUACGAAGUCAAAACCUGAACGCCACGGAGGCUGCCAAGAAAGAUGACCCGGUGAGGGAGGGGCCAGAAGGGAAACCCCGCAGGUCGGAAGAGCAGAGGCCGGUGUCUACGGGAAGCGAACACCAUCAGGCAGAUGUUACAGACCAGGUGUGAGGUUCGAUCGCAACGCUGCAUGUUGUAGAACGUCCUCCGUUUCAAGCAUGACUCAGGAGCUUUCCAGGAAACGG